AUGGUCAACCUUGCUCUUGGUCCCAUUCUGCUGCUCGCAGGCCUCGCCAGCGCCCAAUCCUCCGAUAAGCGAGGCCUCGUCUUCACGCCCAAUCCCGAUUAUCCCACCGACAACCAGAUCUGGGUGCAGAGUGGCAGUGAUUUAACAUGGUACUACAAUUACCAGUCGCAGCCAUCGCCGGAAUACACCUCAAUUCCACAAGACCAGUUUGAGUUUGUGCCCAUGAUGUGGGGAGUUUCGGCCAACCUCAGUGACACGACAUUCCUUACCCAAGUUCAGGCUCUCAUCGACCAGGGCACAAACAUUACGCAUGUGCUGGGCUUCAAUGAGCCAGACGGCUCGAACAGCAACGGCGGGAGCGACAUUCAGCCCAAGGACGCCGCUCAGGCCUGGGUGGCUAAUUUCGAGCCUCUGGGCAAGAUGGGCAUCAAGCUGGGGCUGCCGGCGACUACUGGCGGGCCUGACGGCUUGCCAUGGCUGAAGCAGUUCCUGGCGAACUGCUCUGAGAUUGUAAGCACUGGGAACCAGAAGAAGAAUUGCACGUGGGAUUUUUUGCCUGUGCAUUGGUAUGACAACUUUGCGGGAAUAGCUUCGCUUAUCGGAGAGAGGAGGGCCACAUGGCCUGAUGCCGACAUUUGGGUGACGGAAUACGCAUUUGCGAACCAAGAUCUGCAGACAACGCAAGAGUUCUUCAACCAGACUCUCGAUUACUUUGGCAAGCUGGAUUAUAUCGCCCGGUACACUUACUUUGGUGCUUUCCGCUCCAAGGCGUCCAACGUUGGACCCAAUGCGUCGUUUUUGAACAAUGGGGGCCGGCUGACUGACAUUGGGUCUUGGUAUCUUGGCUUUGGCGCGACCAACAUUAAGCCUACGAGUACCAAUGCGGCGUCCUCGACAGGCAUCGUGUCUGAUUGGACUAUUGCUGUGAUGGGAUUGAUGGUGGUGUACAUGAAUGGAUUGGUGUAG